AGUACCACAGGCCUCUCCAAGCCAUUUACUUUCCUCCUACGUAAAUCACUACCUCACGGCAGCCUACAAUCCUCGAUCUUGAUCCUUCCCCACUUUCUGGUUUCCAUUGCGUAAUAAUCCUCUUAGUUCGUCAGCCGAAAUCAAGCGGUUAAUUGACGAAAGCGCACUUUUCUAGGAUGAGGGAAGGUGGGGACACGAGAAGAGGGGAAUCAGGCAAUCCAUCUGUGACAGAGAAGGAUGGGUUGGCUGAGGGCCUUAUUCCUAAACUAUUUAAUUCUGUACCGGUUCUGAACGACGCUGCUUCAUACGUGGCACAGACAACUUCAUACUUUACUAGGUUUUUGUCUGAUCGUUCUGUUGAUCCUAAAUCAAGAGAACCCCGGAGUUCUGCUUUAUAUGAAGAGGAAUUAGUGACGUUUCCUUCUGGAGAACCUGUAGCUACGACAGCCACAACCAGUGGAGAUCGAAACUCUAGUGCUGCACAAUCAAUAGUUUCUGAAUCACCCGAAGCUGCAAUCGCAGCUCCUGCUGUACAUUCUGAAGUUUCAAGGACCACGGUUGAAGAUUCAUCUGGCCACAGUAGUGGUCUCCAAUUGUCGAAUAAUACUGGUGGGAACGGCAUGUCAAUUUUCCAAGGCCUUAUCGAUCGGGCUCUGAGGACAGUACGUGGAUCUGCAGAUGAUAUCGGUUGGCUUCAAAGGGCAUCUGGAAUGCCCCCGGUUGAAGAUGGAACAGAGAGGUUUGUGGAAAUUUUGGAAGACAUCAGGCAUGGUAUUCACAAAUUACCUGAUUCAGUGGUUUAUUUGCUGGUUCCAGGACUUUUCAGCAACCAUGGACCACUGUAUUUUGUUGAUACAAAAACGAGAUUCUCAAAGAUGGGUCUGGCCUGUCAUAUUGCCAAGAUUCAUAGUGAGGCUUCAGUGGAGAAAAAUGCAAGAGAGAUCAAAGAGUAUGUUGAAGAAAUAUAUUGGGGUGCUGGAAAACGUGUAUUGAUUCUUGGGCACAGCAAAGGGGGAGUAGAUGCAGCAGCUGCCUUAUCGUUGUAUUGGUCUGAUUUGAGAGAAAAAGUGGCUGGCUUGGCAUUAGCUCAAAGUCCAUAUGGCGGUACUCCAAUAGCAUCUGAUAUCUUGCGUGAAGGACAGCUUGGUGACUAUGUGAACGUACGGAAGCUUAUGGAGAUUUUGAUCUGUAAAUUGAUCAAGGGGGACAUGCAAGCUCUGGAAGACUUAACGUAUGAGAAGAGGAAGAAAUUUCUAAUGCAGCACCAGUUGCCAGCAGAACUCCCUGUGGUAUCAUUCCACACCGAAGCCAGCAUUUCACCUGCUGUUUUGGCCACCUUGUCUCGUGUUGCUCAUGCCGAACUACCAGCCCCGCUCUCUACCGCGCAAGCUGCAAAACUCCCUGUAGUGAUUCCCCUGGGUGCUGCAAUGGCAGCCUGUGCUCAGCUGCUGCAGAUCCGUUAUAAGGAGAAGAGUGAUGGACUGGUUACUUGCCGUGAUGCCGAAGUCCCCGGAUCCACAGUCGUGCAUCCGAAACGUAAACUAGACCAUGCCUGGAUGGUUUACUCGUCUCUCAACAACGACACGUCAGAAGCAGAUGCAUCUCAGGUGUGUGAGGCACUUUUGACAUUGCUUGUUGAAGUUGGGCAAAAGAAAAGACACCAAUUGACGAGUAAAGAUGAAUGAUAGAUAGCAUUGACAACGCCUCUGUUUUCAUUUUUCUUCUUCUUCUCAAGUGUAAUGAGCAAUGGAAUUUGUUCUGUAUAUAAUUAGAGACUAUUAUAGACAGCAAAAUUGUAUAGAAAAGAUUGAAAAACAAUGUAAAGCGGGGCCGAAUACGUUUUUAAACUAUUUUUUUUUAUUGGUUA